AUGGCCGGCCGUGGAGAGAGAGGAGUCUCUAGAGUGUUAGACAAAUUGGAGGCAUCGAUUAAUUCGGGUCAAUAUUAUGAGGCACAUCAGAUGUAUAGAACAUUAUAUUUCAGAUAUCUCGGUCAAAAAAAGUAUGCGGAUUUGUUAAAUUUAUUGUACAAAGGAUCCACCUUGCUCCUACAACGCGAUCAGCAGGGUAGUGGAGCGGAUCUGGCUAUACUUCUAGUAGAGGUUCUUACAAAAUCAGAAAUGCCUCCAUGUCAUGAGUGGAUAGAGAAAAUUGCAAAGUUAUUUGAAAUAAUGAACUCGAGUAUACCGGAACGGGAGAUUUUUCUCACAAAUGCUGUGAAAUGGUCAAUGGAUGAAAAUAAGAAAGGACAUCCCUUCCUACACAAGAAAAUUGCUGAAGUGUAUUGGAAGGAGAAGAUAUACACAGCAGCUCAUAGACACUUUCUUCAUUCAAGAGAUGGUGCUACUUAUGCGACAAUGCUGAUAGAACUACACACAACCAAGGGAUUGAAGUCUGAAAUAGAUUUGUUCAUAACUCAGGCUGUCCUGCAAUGCCUCUGUCUGAGGAAUGUCAAAAUGGCUACGGACGCCUUCAAUAAAUACACAGAAAAUCAUCCAACAAUAAAAAACGAUAAAGGACCACCCUAUUUAUUCCCACUGCUGAAUUUCCUGUGGUUUCUAUUGAAGGCUAUCGAAGAGAAGCAUGUGAUGCGAUUUAAAAUCUUACGCGACUGCUAUGCCAUCAGUAUAAAACGUGAUCCAAAUUAUUCUGUAUACCUUGACACCAUCGGUCGUAUAUGGUUUGGAAUUGGUAUUCCGCAGACCAACAGAAAUUCCAACUCAGUCAUUGGAGGUCUACUCAAAUCUAUAAUAGGUGAUGUUGAUGCUGAUUCAUCGGAUGAUGAUGGUGGUAUGAGAAGUGCAGCGAUACCGGAUCUAGAUUAG